GAGACAACAUAUGAUGGAGGACUGUAGCUACUAAACCGGGUGAGUGUUAGGUUGUAAGGCUCUGGAUUCGUAUCAUUAAUGAUAACCUUAAAGAAAGCAACAUUAGGAUAACAUAUUUUCGUCAGUGGAAGAAGAACUGUGCAGUUAUCCGGCUGUUCUCGGAGACAAAGCCUGAGACCGCGUCGCAUCCUCCGUUUUAUUGUUGCACCAGGCCCGCCCAUAAUCCACAGCAUCCCCGCUACAACAGACAAUAGACUGCACAUCACACCGGAGGUAGGCUCCUUUGGAAAGCCAGUGUCAAGUCAGCCUGAAGUUGUUUUAGCGGAUGAGUAAAUAACAAGAAGUUUGACAGCUCUGCCCUAGACAAUGCCCUUUGUUGUGUUUUUGAAUUUACACUAGUGCCACGGAUGCUAUAAAAUACACCUGUACUGAACAAACUCCAUCGUCCAUGAUGGACUUCCCAGGUCAUUUCCAGCAUAUUUUCAAGCAGCUCAACCACCAGCGCCUCCAUGCUCAGCUGUGUGAUUGUGUGGUGUUGGUUGGAGGUCAAAGCUUCCAGGCUCACCGCUCAAUCCUGGCAGCAUCAAGCUCCCACUUCAGGGCUCUCCUGAGCUCCAGUGACAGUGGGGAGGAGGUUGGAGCUGAUCCAGAUGCAGGGGGUAACCCCAGUGUGAUGCAACUAGAUCCAGAGGUGGUGACCCCUGAGGCCUUUUCAACCUUGCUGGAAAUGAUUUACACCUCCACCCUCUCUCCUGGGGCUUCCAAUGUGAUGGAUGUACUGCUGGCAGCAUCUCACCUGCACCUCAACACUGUCGUCAAGGCCUGCAAGCUCCAUCUGUCCAGGAAAAACUUUCCUGCAUCGCCUCCAAAAGGCUGGAGGUCAUUGCAACAGCAGCAGGCAGAGAGGUCGUCGUUGUUUCAACAGGCCACAUCUGUCAUGGAAGAGUACAUCAGUGACGAGGAAGUCGGGGUGGAGGUUAGUCAAUCUGGUGGAGUUGAUGACCAGCGGGUGAGGAGGAGAGAAGUCCUAAUUGCUGAACCGUUAUUGAGGAACAAGAGGAAAUCAAACAAUGACAGGCUUGUUGGCAGAAAGAGGUCCUGCACACUGCCUGAGGGAAACUAUAAGGAUUGUUCACCUACUGUAACCAGAAGCAACGUCAGUACAGAGGAGGGUGGAGAGGAGCUAGUGCCCCCAGACUGCCUGCAGACGAGGGAUGGUCUCUGGGAGAGCCGUGGCGAGGUGGAAAUGGAGGAGAAAUAUGAAGCAACCAAGGGAGAGAUAGAGGAGAUCCAGCUGCCAAGCCAGUCCGACAGCAGCACAAGAGGUGUAGGUGUGUGGGAUAUGGGAGUAGUUACAGAUGGAGACAAUGUGGUCAAAAUAAAGAUAGGAGAAGAAGGGGAGGAAGAUGGAGAGAAGCCGAAGAUUGCAAUGAUUGAGGUGAAAAAGGAGAGCUCAUACUCCCCAGAUUUACAAGACAAUUCUCCUCUAUCUCCACCACCAGGCUACACUGACAACUUGGAUGCACAACUAAAUGAGGAGAAAAUGGCCACAGCCUGCCCCACAGAGGCUGACGUUAGCUCUCUGCAAUCCCAGCUGUGCACAGAUCUUCAAACUGAUGCAGAAGCUAGAGAUCUGUGUGAGGAGUCAGUGGACGGUGAAGGCCUGGACAGCCUGUCAGAACUGGCCUUUUCCUGCUUCCUCAACCCCAGCAGUGACAGCGUGAUAGGGGCUUUGGAGGAAGAAGAUAGCCUAGCUAGCCUCACCGCUGCUGCUACAGCUGCUGCUGCCUCUUAUGCUCAAUCUGCUGAAGAACUAUGUCAAAACUCAGAGGAAUCCUCUCCUGCUCAGACCUCUGAUCCCUCACUUGUUUUUCCUAUGACGUCUGUCCCCUUGCAGCAGCUUCUCCCAACUCAGGGCCCUGGUUUCAGUGACACACUCAUCCUCCAGCCCACUCAGAACUCUUUAACAGGGUUCCUGAGUAGCAUCAAACCAAGCCUCAGUCUGGAAACCUCCCUCAUCCAACCUUCCAGGGUCGGGAAAAGCUCAGGCGCGACAACCUUCCGACGCAUUGCCCCCAAAGUGCUGCCUGGAUCAGAAGCUGAUGGUUCCUCUGGGUCCGCGGGGGAUGCUGCGGAGCGGCCACCUCUUACCAGAGCUUCUGAGGAUGUUCUAUCCAAGUGCAAGAAAGCGGCUGCUGAAGACCACGUGAUGUUAGUGGAAGGGGAGAAGAAAUACGCAUGCAAAAUCUGCUGUAAGACCUUCAUGAACCUGACUGACUGUAAGAAACAUAUUCGUGUCCACACGGGAGAAAAACCCUAUCCAUGUCCAAAGUGUGGCAAGCGCUUCAGCCAGUCGUCCCAUCUGUAUAAGCACUCCAAAAACACCUGCCUGAACUGGACGGAUGAUCAAUCAUUCCCUGAUACCCUGCUGUCAACUGCUCUUAACUGAAGGGUGUUUUCUGGUUUGCACAAAAAAAUCUAAAAUGCACUCUGCAAGGUUGAUUAUUUAUUACCCCAUUAACUUAUUUUAAUGUUAUGGUACAUGAAUUAAAAUUCAAUUAGCUAAUGUUUUCAACACUGUUGUGAUUUGUUAAAAACUUGAAACGUGAAAUGAAAUGGAUACAAAAUGUAGCCAAA